CUUUUCUCCUUUUUACUAUCUUUUUUUUUUCUUGUCCUAAAUGAAAUUUAUUUGCAAGACAUUCUAUUUGCUUGCGUUUAUAUUUUCUUUUGUAAAAUGUGAGUUAUUGUUUAUACAUUAAAAAAGGUCCAAAAAAGACUUAUACAUGUGUAUAGGUCACAGUGUCAAUAGUAAACAAUUGUUAUGGGUCGAGCCAGUUAGCACCGUCAAACUCGAUAUCGCAGCACGGUCAGACCAGUUCUUCGCCAAAAGAGAAAUAUCAGAAAAUAGUCAUUACCAACCCAAUGUACGCUCAUUGGCUCAUGAUGACUCUCUUCGACUAACUGUCAAUGCAUUCAACAAAACCAUGUAUUUACAUUUAACUCCUAACCAAGACUUGUUCCACCCCAACGCCGUCUUUCACCAAGACGGAAAGUCUACGCCUAUCAAGGCAUCCGAUUACCGUGUCUAUCGUGGUUAUGUCAUUGAUGAUAUCUAUUCUCAACACUGGUGGAUUUCUGGAUUAGGGGAGGAUAUGGAGAAUCAACCCGGUGUUCUUGGUUGGGCCAGAAUUAUAGUCCGAAAUGAUAUAAGACAUAAUUUGGACCAUCCCAUGUUUGAAGGAACUUUUAGUAUUUACGGUGAUACGCAUCAUGUCAAACUCACAGAAAAUUACCAACGAACGAAACGAUCGGACGAUGCCGAAUUACAAUCGACCGAUGGUGUUCAUAUGGUUGUUUACCGUGAUUCCAACACAGUCGAAAAGAGUAAUGGAGGAGGUAGCUGUGGCUUUGAUCAAUUACAACAUUCACCCUUUGAUAAAAAAACCUUUCAUAAUCCGCUCGAGAUUGUGGAUCACCAGAAAAGGACCAAUUUCGGCACAAUUCAUACCGGUAAUACGCUAUCCAAACGAGUGGAACAAGGUUGUCCUGCUACCAAAAAGAUUUUGUAUAUGGGUGCUGCUGCUGAUUGUACCUAUGUCAAGCAUUACCAAUCAACUGAUAAUGCUCGUAUGCAAAUCAUUAACAAUUGGAAUUCCGUCAGUUCUGUUUAUUCUUCCUCUUUUAAUGUUGCUCUCGGUUUAAUUAAUAUCACCAUCAUGGACUCUGCCUGUCCCACCACCCCGAGUACAGCUACUGCAUGGAACCAACAGUGUUCUACUGCUUAUUCGAUCACCAGCAGACUCAGUGAUUUCAGUAAAUGGAGAGGUUCAAUUGGAGAUGAUGGCGCUGGUCUCUGGCAUUUGAUGACCAAUUGCGCUACAGGUGCAGAAGUUGGAAUUGCUUGGAUGUCAACCGUCUGUACUACAGGCGUGAAAAAUUCCAACACAGAUGGAUACACCUCGGGUACUGGUGUAUCGUCUAUCAUCCGCGAUGAAUGGAAAGUAGUAGCUCAUGAAAUUGGACAUAAUUUUGGCGCAAUGCAUGAUUGUAAUUCACAAACAUGUCCUUGUUCUGGUGCAUCUUGCCAAUGUUGUCCUCUCAGUGAUACCACGUGUGACGCUGGUGGAAGAUAUUUCAUGAAUCCUGUCAGUAAUGCUUCCUCUGACGCAUUCAGUCCUUGUAGUAUCAAAUCUAUCUGUACAGCCAUGCCACAACAUUUAUCAUGUUUAGAAGAUCCUGGAUCAAGAAAUGUCACUACCUUAAAGAUGUGCGGUAACGGUAUUAAAGAAGACGGUGAAGAUUGCGAUACCGGUGGUCAAGACAGUGCUUGUUGUAAUCCUACCACUUGUAAAUUCAAAACGGGUGCUGUUUGCGAUGAUUUCAACGAUCUUUGCUGUACCGGAUGUCAAUUAAGACCAGCCAAUUACACCUGCCGUGCUGCUUCUACGGAGUGUGAUCUUGCUGAAGUCUGCUCUGGUACUUCGGGUGACUGUCCUGUGGACAAAUACAAGGAUGAUUUAACCAGUUGCAGUAACGGUAAUAAGUGUGCAUCCGGUCAAUGUACUUCACGUGAUGCUCAAUGUGUUGCGCGUGGUGUCUCUAUGAACAUGAAGAAGGCGUGUAGUAGUCAAAGCGGAUGCGAAGUAACGUGUCAAGAUCCUAGAUCAUCCAUGUCAUGUACCGUCUUCCCAGGUUACUUUGUCGAUGGUACACCUUGUGGUGUUGGAAGUGUGUGUAAAUCAGGCCAAUGUAAUUCGGAUAACGCAGGUAACGUCAUCUUAGAUUGGAUCAACAACCAUAAGCAAAUUGUCAUUCCUGUGGCUAUUGUGGUUGGCUUAUUCUUCUUGUUCUGUUUGUUCCGUUGUUGCUGUUACGGUGGACGAAGUGGAUACAAUAACAUGUCCAAGACGACGUACAUCAUUCCUGCUCAACAACAAGGCUAUCAAGGUCAAUAUAACGGACAGGUACCCUAUUAUCCUCCUCCUCCCGGUCCUGGUCAUCAACAACCCUACUACUCACCUCCUCCUAAUAAUGGCUGGGUAGAUCCUGCACAAUACAAUGGAGCAAAUUACGGCCCUCGUCAACCACUUCCUGUGUAUACGCAAAAUGAUCCUCAUACCGCGACACAAGAAUCUUAUGAAUUGAAUAAUGCGAAUAAUUGGAAUCGUGGUGGUGCUGGUCAUACUACACCUGUGCCUUCCUCACCUUCUCCAGGAUAUCAAGCACCCGCUUCACCUAUACCUGGUCAUGGACAGACACCUGCAUACGGACAAAUGCCAUCCCCUUCACCCGUCAACGCUUAUCCUCCUCCACCUCCUCAUGGUACUUCAAAUAAUAGACCCUAUCAUGAAGGUGUUAUUUAAGUGGAAUUUAACCUCACUUUAGUAUAAAUGUACAUUUUCUUUUUUAUCCCCCUUCCCCCACCCCUCCCCUUUUUUUAUUGUAUACUAUAUUUUUUUAAAUACAUGUCAAGAUAUCCUAUUUAUACAAAUAAAUUCGUUAGAUCGUAAUCACCUUCUUUUCAAUGUGUAUUUAGCUACCGCACUCACACAACAAUAUAUUAUGUCAUAAUUAGAUAUAUCACACUAG